AUGUCGUCACUAUCUCCAGAUGCUAGUAUUGAACAGGUGAAGAAGCAGAUACUUCACACGCUAUCCUCCGCUGGGCAAGAGGUGGUGUUGUUGGAGCAGGUCCAACGGAGCCUCCAGACGGACCCCAAGACCGUCUCGUCCGCACUUCGCGAAUUACUUGAGAGUCGCCAGGUGAACCUAAGCCGAGGAAACGGCGCGGCGGGGCCUGGUGGGGGUACGGACACCCGCACCUACCUCUCCUUGGUGAACAACCUCAGUGAGAGCGUAUCCCUCGUGCUCGGGGUGAUCCGCGCGAGCGACCGCACCGGGGUGGAUCAGGCCCAAAUCUCCUCCAGGCUUCGAAUGAGCCGGACGGACGUCCUCAAGGCUCUGCAGACGCUUCUCGCACAGAAGCAUAUUCAGGAGCGGCGAUCUUUCGCCAACCGCGCAAAACGCAUUUAUCUGAUGCCCCACAUCGAACCCUCUGAGGGCGUGACGGGAGGGACACUCUACUGCGGCGAGGAGUUAGACGUCGCCUUUGUGGAUGAGCUCCGCCGGCGUAUCGUCGCGUAUGUCUUUCAGAAACAUUCCGCGACGAUGGAGGAGAUUCUUCGCUUUGUUGAGGGUGAGACCACUGUCGGACAGAGUCGCCCGAUCAACGGCGAGGCUCCCGAGAGCCCCGUCACUCUCAUUGAGUCUCGCCACUACAAUUCUAAGCCUUCCCCAGGACAGCUGGUGAUGACGGACAGAAACAUCUCGCCGCGUGAUGUGGAGAUUUUGGUCCAGUCCUUGAUUCUUGACGGCGUGUUUGACGAUGUUCAAACGACUUUGGGUGCCGUCCCGGUCUAUCGGCUGGCCACCGGCCAUAACGUGAUCCGCCACUUUACCUGUGUGCGGAAACAACCUUCAAAGCGAGAGAAGCGGAAACGUGAAGACACCGACAAGGGAGUGAUCCGCGACGAAAGCAGUCGCAACCACCAAACCGGUCCUUUGGGACGCUCGUACAGACAGGAUGGUAGCGGGAUAGCGAGCUCGGAGCUGUAUUCAUUGAUGAGUGAAGAAAGCCAAUGGGAGCCGGCGUGUGUGUCGCGGCCUUCAGCAGGGCUUAGUCUUGAGUCCAUUCAGGAUGACAAUGGAGGCAAAGGGGUCGGCUGCGACGUCUCGGAUAGUGAUCAAAAUGAUGCGACUGGAUGGGCUUACAUGCCAGCAGUAGGAUUCCCCUGUCUAGGGUGCCCACAGCUGUCUAAUUGUUCAGUGACGGAGAAAGGAUUAAUAGAUCCAAAACAGUGUUUCUAUCUUCGUGAAUGGUUAAGUUAA